UCGGUCAGCAACCAGUUACCAUGACCUAAUGAUACAUUUUCUUUGAAAAAGGCCUGAAAAUGGCUUCAAUUUUAAAAAACCAAAUUCUUAAGCAUCUUUCAAAAUUUACAAAGAAUUUAUCUCCUGACAAGAUCAACCUUAGUACACUUAAGGGUGAGGGAGAGUUAUCUAACCUUGAAUUAGAUGAAGCCAUUUUAAUGGAAUUGUUGGAUCUUCCAACAUGGAUGAGAUUAAAACGAGCAGUAUGUAAUAAGGUGUCAAUCAAGAUCCAGUGGACAAACUUAAAAUCCAAACCAAUAUGUCUGUAUCUGGAUGAAGUGAUAUUAGAAAUUGAAACUUGUGAAGAACCAAGGCCGCCGAGUAAUCCAGCCCAUUUAGCUAGCUAUAGGUCUGGAGGAAAAUAUGGAUUUGUUGAUAGAGUUAUUGAUGGCAUCUAUGUUCAGAUCAACUCUGUGUCUGUCAAGUUUAUUUCACGUCAGUUUAAUGCAACAUUACAGCUAUCCAGAGUUCAAGUUGGAAGUGUAACACCAACAUGGCAAAAGACAAGUCACCUUGGCAACACAAAGUUGAAAGAUCCAGAUAGAGGAGAAAUCCUUUUAUUCAAAGAAGUUGAAUGGCAGACGACACGAAUUGAGGCCACAGCAGUUGAAGGAGAAUCUAGUGAACAGUUUGUAACCACUCCCCUCAGAUUUAUAGCCAACCAAUCAAAAAUCAGAAUUGCUAUCAAGAAAAAAUUAAGCGAUUGUUCCAUUAUUUCAACCAGGCUAAUGCUAUAUUUAGAUGAUCUUUUAUGGGUGUUAACUGACACACAGUUAAAGGCAGCUGUAUUGUAUGCCAAUUCACUAAAGGAAACAAUAGAAAAGUCCAGACGACAAAGUAAAAAUUUAGCUGCUGAAAAAUUACAGAGACAGGGUCAUGCUGGGAAUACACCAGUUGUACAACAGCACCAACCUCAGCAGACGUCUGCACACUUUAGUAGAUUUGAUGUGCAGACGACAUCUUAUCACCUGAUCACCAGCAGGAUCGACCUUCACCUAUGUGAUGACAGUUCACCAGAUACAGUUCAUGGUGCUGACCACAAUAAACAAAUAGAAGGCGGAGCUAUGCAGGUUACCAUACACAAGUUGUCAGUAGACAUCUACCCCUAUAAUACUGCUGGUGGUGAAAGAAAACAUUGGUUUUCUUAUAGUGAUAAUCAAGGAUCUCGUAAUCAUUGGGUGCAACAACUAUUUAAUGCAUUCAAGAAAGAAGUUGGUAAAGCAAGAGAGACAUGUUUUACUAAUUCACCUACUCAGUCACCUGCUCAUCAACCAGCCAAUCAGCGAACUCCAGAAAAAAGUUUAUCCAAUCAGAGGACUCCAGAGAAGAUGUCUUCUGCUGCUAGUCAAACUCCACCAAAACCAAAUGCAUCUCCUCAACCAACCAGGAAAACAGCUCAAUCUACCCAAAAACCAAGAACAACCAAACUUUUAGAAAGCUGUAUUGUUUUGAAAAUUGAAGAGUUUACAAUUUACCAAGUGUCGACUGCUGACAAUACACGUAAUACACCAAAGAAGUUUCUAUCAUCUGAUAAGAAGCAGCUCCAUCUACCUUCAGAUACAUCCAUUCUUCAUGCAGAAUAUACUGAGUAUUUCUUCCCAGAAGGCAUUGAUUAUCCAGUGCCUCAUGCAAACCUGUAUAUCUUGAUCAACCCGAUCAGACUGAUGGUGGAUUAUCUAACUUUGUUGUGGACAAACUACUUCCUGUUGAACUUGGCUCAAAGUAUGAGUGUAGAACAAGACAGUCAGAAACCACCAGAACAUAUUGAUAUCAAACUGGAAGCUGUGAUGCCAAGAGUGAUAGUCUCUAUUGAUGAAAAACUGGGAACAGAAUCAGACAGUCCAGCAGGGAUGCAGAUACAGAUAUCUAAACUAACUGGUUCCAAUACACGUGUAGAAGAAGGAGAUACUUUAAAGGACUUGUCUGAUCUCAUAAACACUUAUAGUGGAGCCAAUUUAUUUAACAGUGAUUCAUUCCCAAACGAUCAAAACAGUAUUGUAACCAUUCCAAAACAUUUUGAAAACCAUGCCAAGAUGGCAGACAAUGCAUUUAUUUGUCAGUAUGCAAAAGACUUGCUCAGUCCAAAACUAACACUUUCUGAUAUAUCCCCAGGAACUGAGAUGGGCAAGAAAGCUUUAUCUAAACUGCUGAACACUAAUACAUUAAAACGCAAUGCUAAUCUAGAUUUUUGGAGUUUUACUGCAGAUCAAGUUUGGAUAGAUUUUAUUGGCAUUGCUAAGUCUCGACCUCUACCAUUUGUGCAAGCUGUACCAUUGAAAUUGUGGAUAUGUCGGCCAUUGACUGUAGAUCAAUGGUUUAAUACAUCUAGUCAUUUUAAACUUGUGCCAAAUGAAAAAAAAGACAGUAGAACUUUGACAAGUCCAGAGCGUGAAAUGCGCAAGGCAAGAAUGCUUUUGAAGCAAUACUAUAAUGAGGAUAAGAAGUCGUGCAAUGAUGACCUAGAUAGUAAUAAAAACAGCCAAUCUUGUGACAAUUCAGAGGGGCAGAGCAAUAGUACGGGUGCUGACGGGCAAGUGCAAUCGAAAUAUUUAUGUGAUAUCAAUCUAUUGGUUCAUGUUGGUGGACCAAUCAAAGCUCAGAUGACUCAUUUCCAGUAUUUAUGUUUACUACGUAUCAUGGACUCCUUUACAGUCUUUCAGUCCCAGUUAGCAGCAGAUAUGAAUUAUUUUGAUCAAAGUUCAGCUGCUCCGGUGUUUAGGUUUGCAGUACCAAUCAUGGUUCAUGAAUUGGAAUUUGCAAUGAUUUGUCCAUCAAUUGUCCAGACAUUGCCUAGUACCCAAGUGGAAUUAUCAACAGAUGAUAUAUCUACCAAUGAUAGCAGUUCUUUAUCAGAAGAAAAAAGUAGUUCCCAGCAGGCUGUUCAAGAUAAUCAGAGUUUAGGUAUUGACUUUUAUCCAAAUGAAGACGGCGCACUUCAAGUUCAUCCUGUGAUAACUAAAUCUCUCAGUGAUUCAACAAUCCAAUGUCACAUGCUGGAGGGUAACAUUCAAGGUCAAAUACCAGAGAUUGAAGUUACACAGAAUCUAGCUAUUUAUUCAAACUCAGAAGUGAACUUGACCAGUCAAGGUCAUAGUUACAGUUCUUCACGAACAAAUGAUUCAGGUUACAGUUCAGAAAACAAAUUUAGGCCAACGACAGGAAAGGCAACUAAAAUGAAGAAGUCUUUUGCAACAGCCAUGUUUAGCUUGACAGACAAAAUAAAAACUAAGAUGGAUCUUGCAGACGACAGCAGCUCAAAUGCUGAUGAGGAUACAAUGUCGAUAAAAACUGAUAAUUCAGAUGAUGACCAGGAUUUUGAAUUGCUAACUUUUGAUGAAAAUGAGUUUCCAGUGUUCUCACAUCAUAAAAACAGAUCAGAAACUGGGUCAGAAACAGACACUCAAGAUGGCAUGUCAACUAUGGGAGCAGAACUGGAUGCUGCUGUUGCUAAAGGGAGAGAACAGAUUUCUGUGAUACUAUAUAAACUGUGUCAGAUUGAACUAAUACUUCAAAGUGAUGGACAGGAUACUACAGCAAGGAUACAGUCACAGAAACUCUUAACUACUCAGCCUGGCAACAUGUGUUAUGAAAACUUCUUUUCUACUUUUGUAUCAAGGAAAGGUUUCAUGCAUACUUUGGCAGACAAUACAGAUGAUACUUCUCAAGAAUCCUUUCCUGUCAGAUUCAAACUGGUUUCUGGACCCUCUGUACCAGAAGCUUGUCUACAGCAUGGAAUACCUAAACCUACAGUGGAAACAAGUUUAAUGGACGUCAGGGCACAGAACUUUGGAAUGAAGUUUACAAUGUCUGGCCUCACUAGCAUGAUGACCUUUAUUGAGGACACUGUCAGCUCUGUUGCCACACCGAUGCAUGUAGAUGUUGACAGAUUCUUGUUGACCUUACAGGAUGAUGCAGUGCCAGUCAUUCAGGAUUCUGAGGUUCCUCCUGCUACAGAACUUAUGAUUAGUAGGCUAAAAAUAACUAGAGGUCAGGACGGAGUUCUCCAUCUCAAAGGUCAGACAAAAGAAGGAGACAAUGGGGAGGAGGAAGCAGCAGAACACAAAGAAGAUGCAUACGUUGAAAUGAAUAAUCAUGCAGACGACAGCAUUGUUCAAAAAUUGAAAAUGAUUUCAGAAGAAAAUAGGAACCUUAAAAUUUUACUGGAAGAAAUGUCACUGCAGAAAUUGAAACUGCAAGAAAAAGUUAACACAAUCUCUAUGGAACUAUCAACAAAAUGUGACACUCUUCAAGAAGAGAACAAAUCCUUGGAGGAACAUUUAACGAAAAUGUCACAGCUGACGAAUUCUAAGAUUGAAAUGGGCAUUAGUGCUAUUGAGAAUGAAAAUUUAAAAUUACAAGAAAAAGUUUUGUCUUUAGAAGAUGAAGUGAAGCAUAUAAACCAGGAAAAAGAAUCUUUGAUCUCUACUUUAAAAUUAAUGCAAGAUGAGUUGAUGCAGUCAGAACAAUUACACCAUAAACGCACAUUGUCAAAUACUUCAUAGCAUAAUACAGUUACAUUCCAAUAAGGAGAGUUUGUGUUUUUGGUUUUAUUUAUUUGGCUUUUCACUAAUUUAUCCAUAUCAGCUUCAUUUAUUAUUUAUUUUUGUACAGUAUAGUAAUAUUCUAGCAUGAAAAACUUUGAGUUAAUUAACCCUACAAAAAUUGGUGACAACAAAAAUUGCUUUUCAAUUUUUGUUUGUUUGUGAAAAUCACACACAUAAAGGGAGAAAAAGACUUCGACCAUUUGUAUAUCAAUUAACGAAGUUCUUUUUAUUAGGCAUGUGAUGGAUGAUCUUGAAGAGACGAGUCCUUGUAUAAAAUCUUAUCUAUAAAACCACAAAAUUGAAUAUCCACAAUCAGAAUUCCAUAAAAGCAACCUUUUCUUAAAACUUUCUAUCUAGAAAAAAAGCAAGAGAAUGAGUUGGGGAAGGGGGACCUUUUGUCUAGAAAACUUAUUUAUUCACAAAAAUAUUAACAAGCGUAAAAAUGAAACAAAAUUAUAAUGGAAAUAAAAUAAUGUAUUAACUUUGGUUCACUGCAUUUGGUCAAAUCAUCUGUUCUGUUGACCAGGAUAUUUUUUUCACUACAUUGUAAAUAUAGCCACAACCAAACUUUAUUCUAAGAGGGAACCUUAGCUACUUAUAUAACUAAAUCUUUGCAGAAACCCUCAUCAUAGAAAAACACAGGUUUUAUAAAAAUGAUAAAUACAUACAUCAUAUACAUAGUUUUUAAAACGAAAAAAUAAUAUGCAAUUUGUUUUACAUUUAAUAUAUAACUGUCACAUGACUGUGUAAAAUAUGUAAACAUAGUUAAUCUUUUAUUACUGUAUUGAUGUAAUAUGUAAAUGUUGUGGUCUGCAAAAAGUAGUAUUUGAGCUGCAUCGGAUAGAAGUUGACCUUAGUUCGAAAUACAUGCAUUACACUAUGACUGAUUGGGAAAUAAAAUUCUGACAUUUAAGGUCAGUGUUGAUCUGAAUUUUAAGAUUCUUACAACAUAUCCAAAUUUAGAAACGGUUGAAGCAUUUGCAUGGAAAUUUCUCCAUCAAAUAUAGCGGACUGCAUGUAUUUGUAUUUAUUUGCCUAAGGUCGAUUACUAUCUGACGCAGCUCAUUUCUAAACCUUUCAGAACAAAAAUAUUUUUCCACUUUUUUUUAUAUCAUAUCUCAAUCUGAAUGUCAAUAUUUUUGUUUUGUUGUCUGUGUAAUCAUUUAUUAAUUUAUUGCAAUUACUGAUUAUGUUUCCAAUAUUAGAGAUAUAUGCAAUGGGAAACAAAGCCUUGAUAAGAACUAUAUACCGGUACUUGACUAUACAAACUAAAUGGGAAUAACGUGGCAUAUUGUGUUGGGUGUAACAAUAAUUUUGACUAAGUAAAUGCAUUACACAUUUAACGUCACAGUACCCAAAUUGCACCUAUUUAGCAAAAAUAGCUGCGGAAAUCUUACUAGUUUUCUUAGAGACUAAACAAUUUGUAUUUUUAUGAUUUGUCAUUAUGCACGUCUUUCAGCAUAGGUAAAUAUAUUUAAAUAUACACAAAAGGUUCACAGUAUAUAUCAACAGAUGAAGUAUUCACUGUAAAAAGUAAAAUGUACGGAAACGUCGCCAUACGAUGUCCACAAAAAGUCAUCUUUUAAAAAUGAGCAAAUAAGAUAUAUUACAAGCAUCCAUUUCUUAAAAAAAGAAUAGUAAGCAUGGACUUAUGUCAAAUUGUUCUAAAUAUUUGAAGAAAUAAAACAAAACAUCUGUUAUUCGAUUUUUAAGGAUGUGAAUUUAAGCAUGGAUGCAAUUUGGGUACUCCUAAUUACAGAAUCAUGAUGGAUCUUUUGGAGAUGUUCAAAGCCAUUUUUCUAUGAUUCAAUAUGGAUUCAAAAUUAAAUUGGUAGAACCAUAUAGUAAAUAAUGAUACAUCUACAAAAUAAAAACUGAAUGGAAACUUUUGUCUGGAUCAUAAAUAAACGUAGGUGAAAAAACUAUCAAAAUAGGUGCAAUUUGGGUAUCCUCACGUUAGGGAUCUUCUUUUACUUUGAUGGUCCAUAUAUUUUAGUGUUGGCCAUUGGGGUUAAGUUGAUAGUUAAGGUUAGAUUUAAGGACAGGGCUAGUGUUAGUAUUAUGUUUAGGGUAAGGGUUAGUUAUACCCCCAGUCAUAGUGGGGGGCUAUAUUGCAUUCACCCUGUAAGGGCUAGUGUGAGGGUAAGGUUUAGAACCAUUUAGGGUUAGAGUUUAUUAGUAUAGCUCUAUAUGGGUUGGGACCCCUUAAGAAAAAAUGAAAAAUUCAUAACAGUCUUUUUACCACCUUAAGGUUUGUAUAUCCAGGAAUACAGUUUGUCAUACCGAAGAGUUGUUUCAGGUUGUAAAUAGUUCUAAAAUUGGAAACAAAAGUCAUUAAUUGGAGAAUGGACUUUUCUGAAUUUGAUUUUCAUGCUUCAACCAUAUCAGCUGUCAGUAAAACUUGAUUAUAAUCAGGUUGUAUGUGAUGGAAACUUUUUUUCUAUAUGUUCUGUUUAUAUAACUUAUGCCACUUUUUCACAUAAGAGUUUUUAUAUUUUAAGUCUUACAAUAUACCCUGACCAUGAAGGAGCAUCAGUCACAAAUGAGAGCAAAUAUUUUCUAUUUACAUAAUCAUGAUUAGUCACAAUCAUAUUGUCCUCCCAUAGUCAUGACUUACUACAAAAUAUGACCUAUCACUGGAUUAACAUGCCAUUUUCAACUUAAUAAGUUCCAGAAGUGGAUCAGGAAAUGUUACUCCACCAGAGAACAUACAUUCAACCCCCACUCUUUGGAGUUCAUAUUGCUUAGUCUGUUAUUUUCUGUGUGAUUGUUUGUGGAUCAUUAUUUGUCUUUUGCCUGUGGAACCUUGUGACUUUUUUCAUAUAGCUUUUGUAUUUUCUGUCUCCCUUUAAGUUUUGAUUGUUGUUGAUCUCAUGGUCUCCUUCCUUUUCGUUUAUUUAUACUGAAGAUUCAUUAUUAGUCAUGGGAUACCAAUUUUUGGUGGAUUUCGUGGGUUAUGGUGAACUUUGAAUUUAAAUGGUCAACGAAAUACAUAUUUUCCAAAGGCUUGUUUGCAGAUUUUUGCAAAACCAGGAAAUCAAAUAUCCCAAAACAUACAUUUUUUCCUCAAUCCACGAAAAUUGGUACCCACGGAAAUAAAUGAAUCCACAGUAUCUGUUAAUUGUCAGCAGCGAAAAAAGUAUAACAAAAAUAACGAACUCCAAGGUAAAUACAAAAAGAGUAGGUCCGUAAAAGCAAAAAUAUGUUUUCCCCAACUAAAAUAUCAAUUAGUACACAUCCAACAGAUUAAUUGUAAAGCAUUCAUAAACAGUGUAAGAAAAGUAUGACCUUGUGCAAUACAAAAAACAAGUAUCAACAGGAUGUAGGAUUAUAAGAUUUCAUAACUAUUGUCAUGAUAAAUAAUAUAAUAGGACUUACCAGUAUCUCAUAUGCUGCUCAAAUAUUAUUUGUUAGUAGUUAUUUAGAGGUCUCAUAUUUAUGUUAUCUGUGAUAUUUUGGUUUUAGGCAAAAGGCAUUAAUGUUCAAGUUCUCAUGUUUCUAGGCUGGGUUUUCUUUUGAAAAUAAUGUAUGUUAUAAAUGUGGAAAUGCUUUUCCACCUAAUUUCAAAUGAUUUUCUUCAGUGCUUAUAUGUGACACUGUAGGAUAAUUGCAUUGGUAUUGGUGAAUAAUUUCCAAGAUGAACUUACCAUAGUAAGUUAUUCAAAGAUUUAAAAAGAUUUAUGGACUGUCUAUAAUUCUGAAAAUGAAAAAGAGUUUUUCUUCUACAAUAUCUUGGAAGGGCAGUAGCACUCAGAAGAAAUGUAGUCCUUCAGUUUGAAAGACCAUAGAUAAGCUGUUUAUCUCUAUAUCCUAGGCAACCUCGAUGAUGUUUGGCUUGUGACGUCUUCACAUUCUCACUAUACUUGACUGAGUAUCUUGUGAUGGAAAAUUAUUAUACAAAAAGAUUAAAUGAAAGUUUAAGAAAAUGAUGAUAAUAAAAUGAUUUUGAACUGAUCAAUGGCAUCAUUAUAUUAUACUGCAUGCAGAUAUUUGGAGAAAAAGGGUACCCUUAUUCUAUUUUGCUCUUCCUUGCUGUCAGGAAAAAAACUCAUGGGUAAUAAGUUCUGAUGUUACAGAUUCGCAGGAAAACAAGAGAAAUGUGCAAACACGAAGUAGUACUUUUUCACUGCUUUUAUUGAAUUGUGAUUUCAAAUGAAAAUGAAAACUAUUGUUAGUUUUUGUUUAUAAUUAUAUGCCAUAGAAAUUCAAAACCUCAGUAUAUAUUUUUAUAAUUAUGUAUGGAUUUAUGUAUCUUUUUACCAAUAAUCAUUUUUAUUAUGCCCCACCUAGGGGCAUUAUGUUUUUCAGUCUGUUUGUCCGUUCGUUCGUCUGUCUGUUCGUUUGUUCGUCCGUCUGUCCCGCUUCAGGUUAAAGUUUUUGGUCAAGGUAGUUUUUGAUGAAGUUGAAGUCCUAUCAACUUGAAACUCAGUACACCUGUUCCCUAUGAUAUGAUCUUUCUAAUUUUAAUGCCAAAUUAGAGUUUUGACCCCAAUUUCACGGACCACUGAACAUAGAAAAUGAUAGUGCGAGUGGGCCAUCCGUGUACUAUGGACACAUUCUUGUUCAUCCUAAAUACACAUGAUUUUGGUACAAAAUUCAUCUUCUAAGUCUAGGAAGUUCUUCUAUUUAUAAGCAUUUGUUUUAAUCUUUCUAAAAAAAAUUCAUUUAGAAAUUAUGGUAGUUCAAGUGUGAUUUGUUAAAUUUAUCAUUUAUAGCUAUUAUUGUUACAGGUAUGAUAAAUGAACAGCAAUAAACACACUGUUCCUUUGCUUUUUUUGUGUGUGUUUUUUUGCUUUGAAUGUACUGAAUUUGUGUCAUGGGUGGAUACCCCAUAUCCUUUGUUUUCCUAUCAAUUGUAAUGUUUGACACUAUUUGCAAUGUUAUUUUGAUCUUUCAUCCAAAACAUAAGUUGGAUAUCUUCGCAAAUUGAGAAAUUUUAAAGGUGUAAGAAAGUUCCAUUUUAUCCCCCUUUUAUUUCGCUGAAUUUGUUGGUUUGUGAAAUGAUCUCUAUAUUUCAUAGCAUUACAAUUCCAUUAGUUAUAUGUACUAUGUACAUUUAAUUUGAAAAACUUUUUCUCAUGUCCAACAUGUUAGUUUGAUGUAACAAUUUAUGAACAAUUUAUAAUUUGAUGUAAAUAUCUUAAUUGUUAAUUUUCUUAGUUAUUCAUAAUUAGCUGUUGCUGCUUAGUGAUUGCUGAAAUAAGUUUUAUAAAUGAGUGCUAGUCUGAGUUAGAUAGAUUGAUUAAUUGAUUGUUGCUUACUAAAUAGUGUGUAGUUAAUAUAUCAUGCAUAUUCAUAUUGAAGGAAAAAGAAUUGUGUUGUUAGCAAAAUUCACAUUACAUCGAAGUUUGAAAAAUAUUUACCAGGUACAUCAAUUCAAUACUUAACAUUCCAGACAAAGGACUAGUGGUACAUAAAAAUUCAUAAAUAUGUAGAUCAUUUUUUUAUAGACGAUAUUUAGAAAUUUCUUUUUCACCAAUUAAAAAAAAUUUGUGCCAGGAAAACAGAAGUUCUUUUUUUAAUUUACAAUGUCGCAGUUUGAAAAUCAGUGUCCAGGGAAGUUGCAAAAGGUUUUGGCAACAGCAGAAGUAAAAUUCUUGUUUUUUAUGCCCCAUCCGUAGCGGAGGAGGCAUUCAGUUUUACCCUUGUCCGUCUAUACGUAUGUACGUCUGUCCGUCUGUACGUUCCAAAAUUGGUUUCCGUUCUCUAACUGUAGUUUGCCUCAACCAAAUGUUAUGAAAUUUAUACACAAUGCUUAUUACCACAAAACACAGAUGAAUGGUGGCGUCAAUUUUACCGUUCUAGAGUUAUGACCCUGUACAAAUGGAAAAAAUGCUGAAUUUUUCGUUUCCAUUCUCUAACUUUAGUUUGCCUCAACCAAAUGUUAUGAAACUUAUACACAAUGCUUAUUACCGCAAGACACAGAUCAAUUUUGAAUUUUGGUGGCGUCACUUUUACAAUUCUAGAGUUAUGCCCCUUUACAAAUGGAAAAAUUGCUGAAAUAUUGGUUUCUGUUCUCUAACUUUAGUUUGCCUCAACCAAAUGCUAUGAAACUUAUAAACAAUGCUUAUUACCACAAAACUCAGAUCGUUCAAAUUUUGGUAGCGUCACUUUUACAGUUCUUGAGUUAUGUCCCUUUAUAAUGUGAUAUGCAGGCAGGGGCAUCAUCUGAUGGGUCACAUUCCCCAUUUAUUUCAUUCAUAUAAAGAGUACCACAUAAUUUUAGAUAUAGUUGUUAACCAUGCAUGGAAAGAGUUCAUCUAAUUAAACAUUUAUUUGAACAAAAUGUAAUCAAAUCAUUAUUAAAUAAGUGAUUUGACUGGACAUAUUUGAUUUGAUUUGCAUACCUGUUUAUAGUGUAGGCAUUGACAAUUACAUGUAUUUAAAACAAAUGUCAAGGUUGCUUUAUGCAUGAUGGUUUGCUGUGCUUAUUUCUUUUGAAAGAAUAGUCCUUAGUUUUGCAAUGGGUAUUGUACCAUUUUUGUAAAAAGGUUUACUUUAUUCAAUUGUAUAUGUAAAGCUCUUAUAAAAACAAUUUUUUUAUUUGUUGGUUAUUCAUAAUAUAGUUUCAAAAUUUCGUCUACAGGAUAUUUCUACCUGUAUUCCACCAACAGUUCUAUUGUAUGUUUGAAAUACAGUAAAGAAAAAUCUCAGCCAUACUGUAAUUUUGUUUUAUUUACAGUAGUUGAAUUUGAACUCUAAAGCAUAUUAUGAUCAUUUCACCAUUAUUCAUGUGUAUGUUACAUUUUCAUAUACUAUAAACUCAGAAAUGAUGUUUUUGUUAUUGCCAAAAUUGUUACGGGAUUAUAGGUUUCGCAAAAAUAAAAUCUUGCAUUUUAAAUUUUGAUAGCAUUAUUUGAUUGUAGCAUUUCAUGAAGUCACAUUUAUUGAUUUCACAUUUUGGUCAAAUUUUCAACAAUUGCAAUGAUAAAUUUAAGUAAACAUUUCUGAAUUUACAGUAUAUGUUGUACCAUCAUAUUGAUGUUUUUAACAUGACUUUGCUGCAUUUUCAUAUAAAGUUUACAGUAUUGGUUUUAUUAGGAUUAAAAUGAUUAUUCUACAUUUGAGUUAGUUUUUAUCAUACAUUCUUUAUCAAUUUUUCAGAAUUCAAAAUUAUUUAAAAUUCAAAUAAUUCCUUGUUUUAAAGUUAUUAUGGAUUCAUGCUGAGAUUUUUGAUGGUGAACAAACCUUUUAUUAAAAAUCAUAUUCCAUAUUUACAAGGGUGUCUAUGUUUCCAGUGUUCUGUCAAUGCUUGUACAAUGAAAUGGUUCAUUUAGAAACGAAAAGCUCUGAGAAACAAAGCAUUACAACUGGAAUGACUCAUCUGUAUUAUAUGUUGAGGCUAAUAUGAUUAAGAAAUCCAUAACUUUAUAGUGUUAUAUGUAUACAUUUAUAGAGGCUCAUAAUAGUUUUCAUUUAUGCAUUGCUUGCUUUUGUUUGCUUUUUAUAUAAUUGUUUUCUUUGUUAUUUGUUAAUUUCUAGUCUCAUUUAUUAUAUGUAUUAUGCAAUUAUUUAUAUGCUUGUCUUUUUUAAGUGGCAGUCUGACAGAAUCUGGCACUGUGAAAUCUUUUUUUUUUUUUGGGGGAGGGGGGGGGGGGGGAUGAGGGUUCUGGAAUUCACAAUAAUUAAGAAUAUGCAAAAAAAUCUUAUAUUGUUAUUGGUGUUAUUAGACCUUGAAAAGAAUCAGAUAUCUUACAGUCCUGACACUGUUCAAGAUUAAAAUCGUCUGUUCGUUUAUUUUUCAAAUUGUUACUUUUAUUGUUAUGGGCAGAUUCUUUUAGAUAAUUUAGUAAAUGAGUUGUCUAUUUAUGUUAUUUGUUCAGAUAUUUGAUCUCAAAUGGUGAAUUAUGUCUGUUUCAUAUAUUAAAUGUACCUUAUACCCAAAAACUAAAUAAAUUGUCAUGUAUUUCUGCAAACUAACUACAACAAACAAAAUGUAAUUUAAAAGGUAUUUGUGCAAAAACUAUAUAUCAACAACCUUCAUGAAUGUAUGAAAGAUUAAAACUGUUUUGUUUAUCACUUACAGAUAAUUUUGCUGUGAAGUAGUCUAACUUGUUAUUAAAAACGAUAAAAAAAAUUUAAUAUAGCAUAAAAUAACAAUGAAAGUUAAAAGUAAAAUACUAUCAGUGUGAUCUUUAAAGCAGCAGUAUCUUCAGUUUUCACCAAAAAAUAGGUUGACAUUUUUUUCAGGAAUAUAGUACAUUCGGUUUAUAAAAUACAAAAAAUAUGUGUUUUGACCCCAAUUUAAAAGUUUUUUUCACAAUAAUUUAUUUUUUUUUGCAAGAAGUUGAACUUUUAUUGGUCUGACAAAAUUUUCUUUGAAACCUGCCCAUAUUCAUAUAACUGAAUAAAAGAGCAGGUCUACAUAGUUCUAUUUAAUAAUAAGAUGUGUUACCCAAACAACAUUGAAAUCUCCUAAAAACAGAAAAAAAGUGUAGUAUUAGCCUUAGCUAGACAUGCCAGAAACUUUCUUUAUUAAAGGGAAACCAUGCUACCGGUGAUGGGUUUAAAGGCCUGAAUGAACUUGUAACAUAACAAAGCUGAAAAAGUCUAACAAGCAUGUGAAAAAUCAGAUUUUACCUAUAAACAAAUGUGGUCAGCCUAAAGGCCCAUUAAAGGGUACACAACAGAAUAAAACGUAGAAAAACAGAUUUGUUAUUGAAAGUACUGUUUGACGAAAGCUUUUUAAAUUUUAGAUUUUACCACAAUACACCCUUAAUCAAAUUGAAUUUUUUUUUUGCAUUUACAGUUAAAGAAUUAAGUAAGUUUUACUGACACUAAACCUUUAUAUGUAACUUUGGUUUGCCAUCUAAGAAACUGAACACAAGAAGAAUGUGUUUCAAUACUUUUAUGAUUGACAGUUUUAGAAACCUUUGAUGUGAAUAGCAUGCUUCCUGAUAUAUAAAAUAUUAUACAGUAAAGUCAGGUUUAAGUUUUUAAUCAGUCUAUAAUUAAGAAAUUAUUCAUGAUAUUGUAUCAGUUUUGUAUAUGCCAAUCAAUUUAAAAUUGAAAGAUUUCUUUAUUAUUUAUAGUGCUUUGUUUUGUUGAUUGUUGUACCAGGAUUUGUGCCACCAUACAUAAUUAUGUUAUAGGUAUAGAAAUAAAUUUUUCACCUUUA